AUGCCGGCGUGGUGGAGUAGAAAGUCAUCAAAGAACAAACAAGAGCGUGACGGUAACGAUAAUGAUGAAGAGGAUGGAGAAGAACAAUCACGCAGCGGCGUUCUUCAGUUCAAUUUCAUGAAAUCGCCGAUCAACGCGAUUAGGAACGGUGAUAGUAAGAAGAAUAAGGUUAGGAGAUACAUUGCGGAUCCUUCGCAUGUUGUCAAAUUAGAUGAUGUUAGGGUUAAAGAUAAUUUAACCGUGGAGUCAUUAACUAUGCAGAUAGAAGAUAGAGAGGUGAAACAACUCCAAGGUAAAGAGAUCGCUUUGGUGAAGGUCGUUUGGGGUGGACCGGCUGGAGGAAAUGUGACGUGGGAGCUAGAGAGAAAGAUGAAAGAUUCUUAUCCUGAUUUGUUUGCUUAA